AUGAUUAUUGUGCUUCUUGGUGUUGGUGUUGGUUGUGAUGGUGGUGGUGGUGGCAGCGGCAGCGGCGGCGGUGGUGAUAUUGUUGGUGUUGUUGUUGCUGCUGCUUCUGCUUCUGCUGCUGCUGCUGGUGGUGGUGGUGGUGGUGGUGAUGGUGGUGCAUGUGGCGUACAAUUAGCAGAGAUGAACGCUUUACACACAUUUACUUGA